GAAUCAAAACAAUAACAAUGAAUUGGUCUAUAGAUGACCACAUUCGAAGAACUCCGAAGUUGUUUUGAAAACAUGGCGCUGACGCUGACAGAAGACUUGAUCAGAAAUCGUGUCGGUUUGGAGCACGAUAAUUUAGAGGAUGUCAAAUCUCUGGCGUUGCCGGGCACGUACCAUGAGAAGGUUGUCAGUCUGGGUACAUCACUCAGAAAGUUCUCCAGACUCAAGCAUCUUGACCUCUCCAGGAACAACCUCACUUCUUUGCAGGGUUUGGAACAUCUUAAACUGUUAGAAAAGCUGAACUUAUACUACAACAACAUUGAAAGCCUUGAAGAGCUGAAGCGUCUCAAGCACAACCCUAACCUGAAGGAGCUCGACCUCCGUCUGAACCCCGUCACACGCACAGAGACCGACUACCGCCUCUACCUGAUACACAUGCUGCCUAACCUCCAGAAGAUGGAUGACAGAGGUGUGAGGGAUCGUGAGCGCCAGGGCGCCUUGAUCCACUUCAGCUCCAGCCAGGCCAGUGAGAUGACGCCCCACCCCCAGAGGGAGGAGCCCCAAACCCGUGCGCCCAACCCACGCGCGGAACAUGUCAAGAACAUGGGCAGUGGCAGGGUUUUGGAUGAUGAUGAUGUGGAGAUUCUAGACCUAAUAGCCCGUACGGGUGGAGACCUUAGCAAGGCUAGGCCUCUCACUGGGUCUGCUGCCACCCAGUCCAGCUCAGAGGACUACUCCAUCAUUGGCUUGAAGAAAUUAUCAAGACAACCUGAAGAUGGCCCAGAAAGAAAGCCAGCACCCCAAAAGAUCCAACCUACUACUGAAGAGGUAGAUGAGGUUUUGGCAGUGUACAAGCGAAAGUACCCCAACAUUCCGGACCAGCGAGCGGCAGGGGUCUCUGAGGAUCCCAGACAGAGGGGCAGCCAUCAGGACCCUAAUCUUGAGUUUGAAGAUGAGACUGAGGCUUACAACAAAUUUAGGAGCCAUGGAUUCUUUACUCCCAAUCCAGCUGGAGGGGAGGACCUGGUGUCUAGCUAUACAGUGCCAGAGAGGGAGGGUGUGUACCCUGCCCCGCCCACCCGGGUACAGCUGGAGAGGACCCAGGGGCCAGCUGACCCUGACGAGGACCUUGACAACAGCCCCGCCCCACACAGGCGCUCUUACAGCGUGCCACCAGAGAAACUCAAUUAUGGCAACGAAGGUGAGGCUAGAGCAGAGAAGUACUCAGACAAGCCCCCUGAUCGUGCGCGGACCCAGUCAAAAGACGACCAAUCAAAUGCUAGAUCUGCCCCACCCACCAAAGGAGAGAAUCCAGAAUCGCGUCUUUUCCUGUUCCAAUUACUGGACUUGGUGGACCGAUACUGGAAUGGGUCGAAGUCUCUACACAAGAACAAUAAAUUCAAAGGUCUGGCAUACUUGGCUAUCGAGGACUACCUUCGUACCCUGGCAGACGACUCCCAUAGACAGCAGGUUCAACAGCUGCGUGCAGAACUGACUCUGGCUAGAAAGGACAACGAGAAGCUGCGGCGUAACGACGAGCUUGCAAAAAGCAGCCUUGAGGACACAGCAGCCACCGAGGCCCAUCUGAAGGCCUCACUACAGAAGGCAUUUACUGACGUUGAGAUGCUGAAGGAUAAGGUGCAGUCGUAUGCCUCAGAGAACAAGAGGUUGCAGCAGAAACUGCAGCAAAUGGAGUCUUAUACCUCCAACACAACUGUCAGUCACUCACAGCUGGAGGGCAUCCAGGCCCAGAAUGAGCAGCUGAAGCGUGACAUCGAGAGGCAGCAGAUCCAGCUGAAGAACAUGAAGCAGCUCCAGGAACUCUCCAAUAUGCUGCAGGAGAGUCACAAGUCUUUAGUUCAGACCAACGACCACCUGUUGAAGGAGUUAGAUGAGACGCGGGAGAGACACCAGCACGAGGUGAACCAGCUCAACUGGAGCUACCAGCAGCUGAAGAAAACCCUUGGGGGAACCAGUCUCAAUGCCCCAAGUACCAGCUCCUCUCAUCAGCAUGGCAACCCUGGCAACACAAACAAGGGAGAAGGAAAUGCUUCCGUGGUGAUGUACGACAGUGAUUGCUAGGGGGAGGAGAGAGGGAAGUUAGUUAGUUAGGUUUACUGUAUUUGACAUAUACAUGUCAAAUAAUAACAUUUACAAUUUUCACAGAAGCUUAAAACAAAAUUUAGUCUGGGAGGGACAGGGGCGAUAGAAACUUUGAAUGGGUGGGCACAGGGAGUUGGGAGGGACAGGGGCAAUAGAAACUUUGUAUGGGAGGGCACUGGGAGUUGGGGGGGACAGGGGCCAUAGAAACUUUGUAUGGGAGGGCAUGGGUAUUAGGGAGGGACAGGCGCCAUAGAAACUUUGCAUGGGAGUUCACGGGGAGUGUGAUAUAGAAGUGCAAACAGAAAUAGGUAGGGGAGGGUAGGGACAGAGGAAAAAAUUGGUACAUGUAGGUGAUGGAAGGGGAUAUUGGUAUGGGGAAGUCAGAGGGGAAUGGAUAGGAGUAGCAGACAGGAAUUUUAAAUGGAGGGACAAGAGGGUUAGGAAACUGAUGAGCUAAAAUCGUAAACACUUUGAUAUUCUUCGAAACCAGGUAAUGAAUCAAACAUAGGAUAAAAUGUAUUCAUACUGUUUGAAAUUUGUUUUAAUAGUUAUGAACAUGGUAAAUGUAAUUGGGCAAUAUCAAUUUUAAGAAAAUAAGUAGUGUUUAAAGUAAGGUCGUGCAUUGUUAUAAAAAUAUUUUAUUAUUUUUAUGCCAUGUUAUGAAUAUUUACAUUGUUAAUACUUAAGAUGUGUAGAUGUGUUAUUAAAAAUAAUGUUUGGAAUUUUUGGCAAUGUGACUAAUUUAAUUGUUGAUGGGAACUGGUGCUUGUUUUGACUAUUUUUUUCUAACAACUUAAAUCAAAGCAUUAUCUGUGAUGUUCUGUUACUGAUAACAGAGUCUUAUGUGUGUUUUAUUGAUUAGCAUUUGUGCUAUUUAGUAACCAAUACCAGAAGUGGUAUUCAUUUAAGAGUAAAACAAUUGAGGCCAAUCUUAAUAAAUAUUCUGUUUGUUAGAAAUGUUGUAUUGUUUAUGCAAUCAUGAAGCAAUUUGUUGUUAGCCAUUUUAGCAUUUGACUUGAUAUCAUAUUAGAGACAUUGAUUUAUUUCAUGAAUUAUCUGAUGUUUGUGUUGAUAAUACAAUUAUUUUGUUCUCACAUCUUUUCAAAUGUUAAUCAGGUGUUAAAACUAGAUUUUUUCAUAAUGUAGUUUUUAUGCAAACAUUUCUUGCCAUUCAAUUUUGUUGUGCUGACAUUUAUACAUAAGUUAUUUUUUGUGUUUGCAGUGAACAGCUUAGGUUUAGUAGACUUGGUAUUAUUAAAGACAAAUUAUGUAUAACCAUAUUUCAUAUUUUCCCCUUCAUCAGACUGAGUCAAGUCUAUUUGCAUAAAAUAUGCAACCAUGAGCCUGUGUUGUUGAAUAUCAUAUGACAAAUUUAUAUUGCAGCACAUUCUGAUUGUAUGGUAUUUUUAGUUUAUAGAAAGUCUCUCCUUAGGGAAAAUCUAGUUAAAGUGUGGAAGGUGGAAAGUGUUGUCCCUGAUAGUGCCGAUUGCACAGGCUAUUCUGGGGCGACGUUUUACUACACACAAACAGGUGUAACGAAAAGUUUUGCAAAAAAGUUACAUGUAUUAGUUUCUUUGUGUUUUAAUAGCAUUUAUUUUACAUGAAGUAUUUAACCAUGAUUAAGUAUAUUGUAUAACAAAUAUAAAUCACUGUAUUUAUUGUGAAUUGAGGCAUUUACAUAUAAUCAGACAGGAGUGCAAUCUCACAAAUAUAUGUAGGUUUCUAACAUAUAAUUCACCUGUGAUUGUUGAGAACAUCUUCAUAUCAUUCUUCAUCGUGGGUCAGUAAUUACUGUUACAAUACAUUUCAAGCAUGGUCUUAAGGGUUUCUUUUUUGUCAAUAUGAUAUGCAAUUACUUAUAUAAAUUACAUUUUAUUAAUACCAGGGUAGAUGUUGUUGAUAGUUGUUUUCAGAUCAUGCUUUUAAAGAUUUUCUGAAUACUAUAUACCGUGGUAUUAAGUAAAUUUUAUAGUUAUGUAUGUUUAAUAAAUACACGUGCAUUGAUAGAAAUUGUUAUCAUCUUAAUUAAUUUAAAUUAUGUAUAUUCAUAUUUUUGUAAUUCUGUGUAAUAUUUGUUUAUUUCUUUAAUAUUUAACAACUACUUCACUGUCCUUGAUCUCCUUGGUUUGCCAAACAAUGUAGUUAUUAAAUCUUAAAAUGUUUUAAGUAUUCCAAUGUAUUAAUACAAAAUUGUUGAAGUCAUACUGUAUUUAUAAAGUAUUUUUAUGUAUUUAAAAAAUUGUGUUAAAAUACAAAAUUUCAUUUACUUCAGAUAUUUGCAUUUACUCUGUUAAAAUUUUCUCUGCAUAUUUUCAUAUGAUGCAAUAUUAAACUUAAGUAAUGAAAGUAUAUGAAAACCACUUUGACAGGAAAUAUUAAGAAUAUAUAUUCACCUUAAUGUAUUUGUGUAUGGUUCUAUAUAAUGUCCUCUUUUGAUUAUACAUUUUUGAUGAGUAUACUAUUCAAGUUUGAUCUGUGGCUGCUGGUUAGUUAUACAGGGUGUCGCCUGGCAGAUAACCAUGACAAACAACACUCCAGUCGUACCAUGCUAUAGCAAUAAGUACUUAACAAAUUAAGUUUGGGGAAAUUGAUAAAAGUCAUUCUGGUGGAAAAACAACAAAAUACAAACUGAAUAAUGCAUUUUGUUUAUAUACAUGUCUAGUCAUAAACAUGUGUGGGAUGCAUUCAGAAAUGGACCAGAGCGAUCAUUUUGUUCAUAUUUGUAUUCACACGAUGUUUAUAUGAUGUUUUUCUGACUCUUAACAUCUAUUUAACCAGUAUGUCUUGUAAUACAUACAUUUUGGAAAUAAAACUGUAAACAAGUCA